UGAAGUUUCUAGCGAGAGUGUUGACUACACCUUAAAAUUUCUUAAGCGACCGAGGGUAGUUUAAUAAAACAAAGACGCAGUUCAAAAAAGCUAAACGAAUCCAUUCAAAAUUAAUUUGGUACCAAAAUAUAGUUAAACUAUCACAAACAUUAAAAUACUUACACAUUGAACAUGAGUUUAAGCAACUGGAAGACAAUAAUGUUCGCGGGCGGCUCGGCCGCUUUGUGCGGAGUGGCUUACAAACUGCUGAAACAGACCAGCCUAGUCAAGAUGUUCGAGAAACAGUGUUCGGACCUCGCCUGCAUCAACGAGUUUCUCUUCUACGGCGCGGGAGACGACGACGCCAGCGAACGCCUCGGUCUCGACAACCUGUUCUGCAUAUUCUACGUGGUCCUCCACGCCAACACUUCAGUCGACGUCUGCAUGCCCAGCCUCAUGAGCGACACCAUCACUAAAUGUCUCUUAGAAGUGCAAAAGAAGGGUUCCGUCACCAUACGAGUGAUCAUUCACAAGAGUAAGAAUCACUCGCAGGUGGUAAGGCUGAAGAAAGCAGGGAUAGAGGUGAAGGCGAUGGAUUCGGAGGAUAAUCCUGCGCAUGAGUUUAUUCUCGUAGACGGCGGGGAAGGGGGGUCGGACGCGGUGGCGCUGGUGGGCUCGCUGGACUACGACGUGGGCCGCGUCAACCGCCACCGAGAUCACACGCUGCUCACGUCGGAGCCCGUGCUGGUCACUGCGCUGAAGAAGGAGUUUGAAAGGAUCUGGGGUUCUGUAGUAAGCGAUGUUGAUGUUGAUGAGGAUACCAGUGAUUGAUAUUAUGUAUGU